GACGUGGCAGGGGCCGGUGGAUCUGUGGCGCUCGCGGCCAGGAAUCUCACCAUGGCCGUGAGCGGAGUUGCGCUUUCAGUUGCAAGGAAUUCGGCUACGUUUGUUGACGAAGCGUGGUCGGGCAUAGAUCUGCUGGGAUGUCGCCUGAACGUGACAGGUGAGCUGGAACGCAUCACGACUAGAGUCAAGGAUGCUAUCGAGGCGGCGGUCGACGCCUCGGUGCUCAUGUCGCCGCUCACCGCGCGCGAGGUGAUCCAGCUGCACACCGCUCGCCCGCCCUUCUGGUUUCGUCUCGGCAGAUGGGCCCAUUCUCAGUUUGAUUGGCUGCGGUACGCUAGCGGGGUUUGGCUCUGA